GGACCGGGAUGGCGAUGGGAGCGGGACGGGCGGGGACACGGAGCGGAGGUGUCGCACCGCUGUCCUUCCGCCCGCUCGGAACUGAAGUGCCGCGGCACCGCUGUGCGGCCGGGACACACAAGGGUGCGCACCGACAUGGCGGUCGCGGCGGGCCGGGCGGGCCUGGGGCUUGCAGGCCCCGGGAAGGUGCUGGGGAAGAGGACGGAGGGAAUGGUGUCCCCAGUGUGGGUUCGUUGUCUCUUUACCAGGUCGAGAAUUCCAGACUCGGUAUUUCAGCCACGGCCCGGAGAUCAUGAAAAGUAUGGAGGUGACCCUGAGGAGCCCCACAAAAUCCAUGUUAUUACUAGAAUAAAAAGCGUCGUUGGUCGCCCAUAUUGGGAAAAGAAGAUAAUACGUGAUCUGGGACUGGAUAAAGCACAUCAGCCAAGACUGCACAAAAAUAUCCCUUCUGUGAAUUCCAGACUGAAAGUUGUUAAACAUCUGAUAAGAAUACAGCCACUGAAACUACCCCAUGGGCUGCCAACAGAAGAGGAAAUUUCCAGCACCUUUCUGACAAACAGGGGAGAGCUUGUCAUUAAAACACGCCUGAAACCUGUGGAGCAGAAAGAAACUAAGUCAUAGUGUGUGCUGGUUGGAUUUAGAUUUUAUAAAAUAAGUACUUUAAAUCCCUAGUUUAGAGUUUGUGUAUGAAAUGUAAAAAUUCUUACUCUGAUAUGAAUGGCAAAGGUAAUAUUGAUGCCUAAAGAAUUGCAGGUGUACAGAUAUGAAAUUCAAUGUUGUUAAUAGUUACCUGAAAUAUUAAAUAAAUUAUACGCUCUCUG